CUUAUAAAUAACCAGAUAAAACAAAAAUCUUGAAUUUUCAUUCAUAAUAAGCUUUGUGCAUUGUGUUGUGUUCAUUUACUGUUAUCGCACAUAUGUCCCUUCUUCUGAUCAUUUAUACAACAUGCUAGUUUCAAAAAUCAUAGUUGUGUUGAUAAUUUUAAAUGUACAGACUAUAGUUAGCCGUGCUUCCAUUGUCGAGUUAGCAUCAGAUGAGAUCGAUGAUUUUGUCAAAACGCUGGAUACUAGAGUAAUUUACUUCGAGACAAAAGGUACGUUAUAGUUUUAGUGAAGUGUUUGUCGUUUGCAUCACUUAUAAAUUAUCAAAGGCCUAUAUAUUAUCACGGAUAUAUGAAUUAUAUUAAAAUUUCCUUUUCAGAUGCACAGACGAAAUACCCGUUAUUUAUAGAAGAGUAUACCCAAUCAGCUCACAGCUUAGGCUCUUAUGGAGUACAGUUUGGCAAGGUACAGUAUCAUUAUUUGUUCAUCAAUUGCAAAUAUCAAGAAUAUAUUUGAACAAACCAAUACACUACCGGGGGCAGAACACCCCACAGGCCAAAACCAACCCAGAUUGUACAGGAAGAGGUUCAAGUCUCAGAUUGUACAGGAAGAUGUUGAUCUAAGAUACUACUUUCAACAACUAAAUAUUAGACAGGUUCAGAUUUGACUUCCACUACCACUACCGCUACCUUAAAUGUGUUACGCAUGCGCAGUAACUGCAAGAGCAUGAGGAAAUCGUCGCAAGUUUUUGUUUUGGGACCGUAACAAAGCGAUUUAUUGUCGUCGGGAGAAGUCUAAUCUGAACAGGUCUAAACAGUCCGUUGCAACCGCUACCCAUGGAGCCGUCAAAUGUAGCGGUAGUGGUAGUGGAAGUCAAAUCUGAACCUGUCUAUUGUCCUAGCUGCUUUGUAGACCUAUUCUGUGAUUACUUUGACCAACCCGCAUGUUGAUAUUGACUGGCAUCUUAUGACCUCUUACAAACUGCAAAUUGUACCUCUUAUUUUUAUUUUCAAUAGCAAAAAUAGAUUAUCUUUGCAUAUCAAUAAUCCUAAAAUCCUAUCUAAAUAAUCCAUAAUCUUUUUUUUUAACCAGCAAUUAUCUGUAAUCCUGCCCAAAAAUGCCAAAUACCGGUAAUCUGUAAUCCUAAAACCCUAACAGGGCCUCCCUAGUGUGGACCAUUUAAUGUCCAGUUUGCACUGAAAAGUCAGUUUUUAUACCAAUUGUGUAAUAAUCGUGGAUUCUGGCAGACCGAACUAACUCCUCUGUGAACAAGUCCGCAAGAGAGACAAAAUCUAUCUGUUGACUGCAGUCUCUAAGUCCUGUGCCGUGCAGUAUCCAAAUGUAUCAUUGCUCUGUUUGGUAUUCUCACUAUUCAUCCAGUCUUUACUUUAUAAACUCUAAUGUUUCAUGGACAAAAUUUACCAGCAAUCAGUUUUAGGCGUCACAGCUCACGUUUCAGACACAAAAAUUUAUAAUUAAUAUUGGCAAUUCAUGGCUCUAUCAUGGAACUGAAUACCCUUUACCACUCUCAAAUAUGUGAAUACCAUAAACUUCUUCAUAUAAAACAAUCUUAAUAUACAGCAUUUUUAUAUGUGCACAGAGGUGAAUGAAAACAGUGAACGAAAACAGUGAGUGAAUAACAUUUCCUUGUUUGCAAUUGUGCUAAUAAAAACAUUCAGAAAAAUGUAAUUCAUAGCUUUCACCAACCCCUAUGCUAAAUAAAUCAGGAAUUUGUGGAAGUUUCUUAAAUGCUCAUAAUUAACUUCCUGUUCAAAUCGACCAAUUAAAUUGUUAAUCUUUAAAAUACUAUCCAAUGUAUUAUAAUUAAACUGUUUGAUAUUGAUCACAUCAUUCUUGACAUAUUUUGAGUAACCUUUACGGCCACACAAACUGUAUCUUUCCUUGUCCCAAGUUUGGUCCAGCCUGUUUACUACCAUUUAAAUUGAGCCAAUAGAAUUCUAAACAUAAAAAAGGGACCUGUGCACAAGAGAUUGAUCCAUGCAGCCACUUCUUAAUAAAAAAAUCAUGAAAUUGUCAGUGGUGCCUAAAUUACUAUGAAUUUGUAAUCGAGUGAAAGUAGAAGUAAUUAACAAUAAAACGACUUGAGUAAGAGUAAAAAUAAAAAGUACUGGAGGCAAAACAUACUUAAGUAAAAAGUACAAAGUAUCCUUAAAAAAUACUUGAAGUAAAAAGUAAAUUAAAGUAAAGUAUUAUUAUUGGGGGGGGGGGCAUCUCCAAUGGAUUGAUAUACAAAAGACACAAAACAGCGCACACAGUAUAUGGAUCCACCUAAUAUACAAUAUUUCAUGGUAGGGCCUACUUUGCAGACCCCGUUGAAGAUAUAAGAAAUCCAUUAAAUAAAUGAUGCUUAUAAGUAAGCCACAAACAAGAGAUCCCAGACGCAUGUAGAGGUCUUAUUACCUAUCUCAAAAUUAAAAUAAAUCCGGAGUAAAUCACGUAAAAUUAUACAAAAGUUAGAAAGUAACGAAAUACUUCGCCACAAAAUGAAAAUAACGAACUAAUUAAAACGUUAGGCCCGUUUCAUACGCCGUACUUCACAUGUGCCGAAUACAUUAAAGACAAUAGGUAAUGAGCUGAAAUGCCUCAUUAUCUAUUGUUUUUAAUGUAUUCGGUACAUGUGAAGUACGGCGUAUGAAACGGGCCUUACUUCUUAAAACAACUUCGUUCCAGGUAAAAGUACUCCAGAAAAAGUUUACUUUGUUACAUGCUAACUUUUCAAAAAUAGUACUCAAGUACAGUAACGAAGUACAUUUGCUUCAUGACUUGACACCACUGGAAAUUGUUUGCAUGGCUCAUAUUGCCUGCUCAUUCUAUCUUUAGUUAAAAAUUCUACAGCUGGAGUAGUUGCCUCAGUUGUUAGAGUGAUGUUUAAUGAAUGCAGCCAACAUCUUUCAGUUGUGUCAAUCUUUUCACCUUGGUUCUAAACUUAUAUACAACUUAAUAAAUACUUGGUUACAACUUAUAUUUAUCCAAGGAUCACAGAAGUAUGGGGUGUCGGAUUUUGCAAAUAGUAUCCUUUGGUUGACCAGCAUUGUUUUCAUUGGUACAUGUAUGUACAAAGUACAUACCAAAAUACCAAAUAUGUUUCAGGAAUCUGGCACUUCAGCUCUAGAACAUGUGGUGGCAUCACCAUAGUGCCUGUAGCAAUGGAGCUAAAAAUAUUGAAAAGCAGGCACUUAGCAAGGUAUUCUAUUACAGGAAUAAAUAAAAAAAAUGCUCUUUUAUAGCGUGAUAUAGUGCAGUAAUUAUUCCUUGUGGAGAAGCAAUCUAACUUUAGAUGCUUGCAUGAAGUUUACACGUUCAAAAUUUGAGCUACCUAGUAACGUGUUGAACUUGUAUUUGAGGGGCUUGUCCAGUGUAUAUAUAUAUAUAUCAAUGCUACACUUUAAACGUUGCCCGCCAUGCAUCGGGCCCUUGCUGGUGCAGUUCACGUAGUAUUAGCCUGUGCAGGCUAAUGAUUGGAUUAGUACAUGGAUAUACGCCCAAACCAAGGUGAUUAGCAGUCUGAGUGUUAUGUUUCCAAUCCUCGGUCUUUACCUUUGUCAGUCCCAGCGCUUUUGGUGUUUUUGAAUGUUUUCAAAUGAAUAUACAUACGUCUGUCAUCUCUUUUGCAUUUUUUGACCGAUCUUAGUUCACCUCAAUUCUUGUGUCAUUUACUAGGUUUGAUACACGUGCAGCGAUCAUUUUUGAUAUUGAAAACUCAGUUGGAUCCUAUUUUGACUGUUGUCAAUUUCUUUGCCGUGAAAAAUUCUUUCUCGAUCUCUCUUGGUAUUGCUACAGAGUUGGUGUUAUCAGCCGGUUCAGAAAAGUGAAUUAUUUUUCAGUACAUUUUCCUUUUCCUUGAUCUUUUACUCUAUUACCUUGUCUCACUGGGAGAAGUGUCCUUAAAGGCCCAUUUACACGAUGCGAUUAAUUGUAUACGAUUCUUACUCUGGCGUAUGUGAUCGAAUAAACACGCGUGCAAACGUCACAUUUCAAAUUUCGCCAUUAGCGAAUAAGCAAUAACGUGGCAUUUAGCACUCGUUUUCAUUCGUCAGAAUGACAAUCGUAUACAACUAAUCGUAUCGUGUAAAUGGGCCUUAAUAGACCUUUUUAAAAAUCUGACUUGUGACGUAGUUUGCGGAUAAAUACGAUCAUUUGGCCAAUCAGACAAGCUAAAUGGCUGUGCGGGGUUUUCCUUUAUCCGCAAACUACGUCACAAGGCAGACUUUUUAAAAAGGUCUAUUAAGUCUUGUAGUUGUACAUCUUCCCACGGUUUUUUUUGGGCACACCUCUUCAAUACCUCCUCUGACAGCAACAGUUAUCGUUUCAUUCGGUUUAUCAAUAUUUUCACGUGAUCAAUUUUCUAGAUACUUUGACAAUUUAUCCAUUGUAGUUCUGCAUGGUCGUCACUUGUUUCCAACCACCAAAAUGACUUGACGUCAUUUUCUUCCGACUGAAUAUCUUCGGUUUCCUGCAUCCUUUCUUAAAGACUGAAAGUUGAUAAUUAGUUUUUGGAGAUCACCAGCUGUUUGUUAUCACUCCUCUGCUCAGAUGAAAUUUCAGAUCAUAUUUCCUCUUAGGGGAACUCAGCCCGGAAGAUACUGUACGUUCAUGACCAGUAACCUGUGAUUAGUAACAAAUAAUUUAGAUGGUCACCAUACCUUGUAGAACUACGGUAUACAUAUAUAUUAAUUUCAAGAUCGAUAGCUGUUUAAACAACCAACGCAAACUUUAUGACAUCUUGUAAUGCGAAUGUUGUGAAAAUCUUAGUGUGCUUUUGAAACGUUUGUCUUCUUCAUGAAAGUUAGUUUCUAUAGUCACGGAUUCAAGGUGCGAUAAAACGCGUACUUAUAUACGUACCGGAGGUACGCCAAUAUUACGAUCUGGUACUUCUGUUUUUGUCAGACACGUAACACUUAAGUACGCGGAUCUUUUGCAAUCUGCGUAGUACUUACUUUUGGCUGGUGACUAUGUGACUUUUAAUUUCAAGCCCAAGGUACCCAAAGCCGUUAUUAAAUUGGUAGAUAUAUGUGUAUAAGUCUGACAUGUCUUGGCAUGACACAUAUCGGACUGACGAGAGCAGUUGCUGCAACCAACAUACUGUAGCUCUCAGGAUCAUUGAGGUACACAAGGCGCUCCACCACGACAACUUCGUAGACUGUGGAGCUCGUGGUCAUGGGGUAGUAAUCAGAGAGUCAGUAAUCAGAGUUUGACAAUCCUGUUAUGAAAGGAUACCUGGAAAGUGUUUGUCUAACCAUGGCCUAUAAAUGCAAUAUAUUCAUUGACGUUCACGUUGAUGUACCAUAUAAGGCCUUGUAGAAAAUGGUUAGUUAUUUGAUUUCCCUGUCAUAGCAUAAAGGCAAUAAGUGGAGCGUCUGCGGUCACUGAUGGUAAGACAUUUCGUUCCCUUUGUAACCGAAGAUCCAUUUGGUAGCUCGCCUCUGUACUCUUUCAAGCUUGGCUUGAAACAUAUCCUGCGCCGGGAACCAAACUUGGGUAGCAUAACAUAACUGUGACUUGACAAGAGUUAAGUAUAAUGUACGUCUCAUUUGAAUAUCAGUUAACAGUGGGCAAGUUUGCUUAAGCAGUCCUGAUAACUUGUUUGGCUUUGCAACAAUUGCGGAUAUGUGAUGAUGCCAAGUGAGUGUAGAGGAUAUAGAGGAUAUGUUCAAGAAAUUCAGGUAAUACUAUAUAUUGUAAUAUUUAACUCUACUAUCUUACAGGUGAAUUGUUCCACUGAAAACCACAAGUACUGCUCAGAACCAUCUGAUCCCAGUUUGUUUGUAUUUAGGUAUAUAUUUUCUAUACUUCUUUACAACAUUUUAUACUAGCUAUAGGCGCUAGGCUUAUCAAUAAGAGAAAUUGACUCAGUGGAUGUUUAUGAUAUGAUCAUUCAGUGCUGAUUUCACUGUUUUUAAAGUCGUCUAGCUUUACGAAACCGAGGUUUCCUAUUGGUCGUAAAGUCCUGUGGUCACCAAGUCAUGUUCGACGAUGUGAUUGUCUUUUGUGUGCUGUAUAUGCAAAUCAGCCUUCAUUGAUUGUAGAGAUACAUCAACACUCUUUCACAUCUGUCCCCUUGAUAUGUUUACGACUAAAUUUAAUGGAAACCAUGGGCGCACUUGCAAUAGACUUUUUUCAAAGUGACGUUAAACGCGGAUAUUAAUUAAACACUUAAUGCGAUAUUACACGGGACAAAUUUUAAACGACAAUUCGCAAUGCAAAUAUUGUUACAAGAAAUUUGGUUGCUAGCUAGAAAACGAUUUGCAUUACGAAUUGUUAAAAAUAGGUACGCAUUGCGUACAUGUGCUAGCCUAAUAUAGACAGCUAGAGAACUUUAAAUGUCAUACGAAAUAAAUACGAUACGUGGCAUUCACGUGAAUAGCGCCUGAUCUAAGAUCAGUGCAAGCACAUUGGCUCCUUUUUCGUUUGAUUGAGGGCAGGUACUUCAUCCUGCACGGAUAUUUUGGAUCCGUGUAAUGUUGAUUUCUGCCCCCAAAACUCGGCUUUUCUUUGCGUUUUGACGAACCUAGUUCUGUGAUUUACUACUCAAGCAUAUAACUAAACAUACGCGGCCGUAUUAUAAACGCAAAAAAAGACGAGUACACCAAUAAUCAUUGAAACAAAGAAUCGUCAAAUGUUCGACCUGCCGUCAAUUUCUGAAUUUUAUCUGAACAUCCUGACUCACAUACUACAUCCUUGUUUUUGUGUUUCUCACAAAUUAGUGAAAUUACAUCCGCGUUUGACGUAAUCAUGGAAAAGUCUAUUAUUUGUAACAUUGUGCGUUCGUGGAAUGAAAACUAUCACUUUGAUAUCUGCACAAUUGAUAAUUUCUUAUCCGAAUAAAAGCAAACACUGUAACAAAAAAUUCGAAAUGCCUUUUGAACAUAUUCUGCGUUUAAGCCAAAAUGGUUAAACCUUAUUUUUGAUGUUUUAUAUCAUUACUACUACUGUACUAGAUCUAAAAUUUAACAUUUAUCAAAUGAUAAGAGCGAUACACUUCUCAAGCAAAAUCUAAAAUUUGAGAUUGAAAAAAUGCCAUGCAAGCGAAAUCACUUUUUAGUUUUUGUAAAACCAGAACAAUUAACGAAGCUAUUUAUCGUCAAUCUUUAAUGGUCGAAGAAAAAGAAAUGGCAACGACUUAAUCUUUUUAGUCAUUUAGUUAUUUUUCAUGUAAUUCCAUAACUUACAGUUACUUAUUAGUAGUAAUGUUAAAUAAAAAUAUCCUGUUUUUUGUACAGGGAUGAAAAGCUACAAAGAUCAUUUCCAAUUAAGAAACUUAAUAAUGAACAUUCCAUUGUGGCCAACAUCUUACAUCGGUACGUAAUUUACAACUUUAUUCUAUGAAUUAUUAAAUUAAAUUGCCGGAAAGUAACAGAAAAAGGGACUUCUGUCUACAAAGGAACUUUCGAAGUAUUAUUUUAUUGAACCUCAUGUUACAGAGAGCAACGAAAAAAUGUGUUUUCUCUUGCGGGCAGAGGCGUAGCCAGGAUUUCUGGUCAGGAGGGGCCAGCAAAAACCCAGGUGGGGCCAACAAAUUUUUCGCACCACAACAUUUUAAAUCCCCCCCCCCCCCGUCGACAACUUUUUGGGUAAAAAAUUUUUCCGGACAAUAACAUUACAAAUGUCAAUUGCUUUCCGAUGCUUCACCACGAAGAUUCCGACAAAAUUGAGCCCGCCGAGCCCGCGUUAAAAAUUCACUGGUAAAAAACCCAUAUUGAAAUAAUUAGGGUUAGAAAAGGUAUGUGUUUCAAGCUGUGUGCCACAAAUAAGCGAACAAGAUUUUAGGUUGAACACCGAUGCGCAGCAAAGCAUAUAUUCUACAGAAUUUUUGCAUUAUUGACAGCAUGAAGCUAUAUAAUCGAGGAUUCCCUUUUUUAUACAAUAGAUUUUAUCAGAGGGGGCCCAAAAUUUUGCCAUGGGGGGGGGGGGCGGGCCCCCCAGCCCUGGCUACGCCUCUGCUUGCGGGUUUCCAACUCGCGUGUCCGGGUUUCUAGAUUGUCGUUGUAUCGAGACAACAGAGAUUGAAAACGAGUUUUAUAGAAUUACGUUCAUUUUAUAUGCAUGUACGAAAUGUUUUCCUAUAACAACUAAAACUUGCUUUGAAGCUAGACGUGCAUACAGUGUUUUAAUUUGAUUGUAUAGUCAUCCUACGCCAAACUCGAUCUCAUGUCAAUUUUGACACUGCAAUAAGAAAUCACUGAUUCAUCUUCUCUACCGCCGGAUUCGAUCUCGUGUCGUCACCAUCGGGGUUUAUACCGCCGCUCUUCCAUAUGAGCUUUUGAGCCAACGGGAUUUACAAGCGAAUUUCAGCCAAUUAAGUACAUUUCUCUUGAAAUACGUGGGAUGUUUCAUUUCUGUUGCAGAAUCAUCAUCAGUCCGAGAGAUUUUUAAAAAUUAUUUUUCCAGAUAGUUUUUACCAAUCACUGGGAAAAUCUACGAAAUCCAUGCUACGAAAUUUGCAAUUGCACCACUAAUUCCAUAGUAUAUCCAUACUAUUUCGAUACUAUAUUCGAUACUAUGGAAAUAUACAAUUAUUAUGGAUAAUCAAAAUCCAUUCUAUUUCCAAUAAAGGUCCAUGCAAUUUCCAUUCCAUGACCUUCUAUGGAUUUUCAACUUUUUUUCCAGUGAAUCUGCGCCCAUUUCUAACAGUGGGUCUUGUAAAUAUUUUAAUUUUGAUGCAAUUACACUGGACCUGCCACAAGUCCGCUUCAGAAUUUUUUCCCUAUAUAGCUUUAUUGCGCGAGUAAAAAUCGAAAUAAAAAUGACGUCUUUGUAAAGGACUUUGCGAACGUCACAUGCUCUCGAUGAGCAGUAAUAUCCAUCGCAAAAAAUGAAUCAAAAUUUAAAAUGUUAUUUAAAUUAAACAUACACAUACUGCAUGCAUGCUUAAUUCCUAGUAUAGUCUGCAUCCAUUUCUAUCUCUAAAUUGUAUGUAUACUACGCGUUCCUUGUUUUAAUGUCUUCAUAAUUGAUAGUGUAUAGAGCACAUUUGACCUGUUACGAUAUGUUAUACACCAAGGUUGUCUAUUGAUAUGAUAUCGAAAGAGUGAAACAACUAGAAUUACAUGCUGUGGCGGUGGCUAUGCUGUAUUAAUAUGCACAUUAGCUAGUUAUAUAUAUUAUUUUCUAAAAUUAAUUAACCUUUUGUUCAUUUAUUUAAAAAACGUACAGCUGCACGAUUUACUUGCCGUGGUAUAAUUUUUUAAAGGAAAAAAAGAUAAAAAUAAAAUCGUAUUAUGAAAUUAUAAUUUUAAAAUAUUUUUCCCGUAUUUAUGAUCUGAGCAUAAAGAAUUGCGAGGACAUUAUUUAUUUCCUGUCGAUUGUUUAUGGUCUGAGAAUUAUAUAUACAUCAUUUCGUUGUGCAUUCAGAGACGCACUGCUGAAGGUCCAGACACACCGGACGCGAUUCGACAACGCGACGCGAUUUUUUAGUUUUUAAAAGUUAGUAAAACAGCCAAUUAGAACAAAUUUUGAAAGAUAUGUAGACCAAAUAACUCAAAAUGUUAUAGCGCUUCUCAAUAUUUGGAAAAUUUAAACUAGGAUCAAAGUUAUCGGUCAGUGAAAAUCGAAAAAUCGCGUCGCGUUGUCGAAUCGCGUCCGGUGUGUCUGGACCUUGACACUAGAGGUGUGCAAAUCCGAUCCGAAUCCGAUCCGAUCGGAUUCGUUCGGAUUUCGGAACUAAAAUAUACAUUUCGGAUCGGAUUGAUAAAGUUGUUUCAUAGUCGGAUCGGAUCGGACUUCGAUAUUCGAAAUAAAAUGAAUUAAUUAUCCACGCAUUAUCGCUGCAAGAAUUAAUUAUCCAUGCAUUUAUCAUAGCAUUAUCGCGGUUGUCGUUGCAUUAUUCGUUUGAUACUUCAAUUGGACGUCACUUUGUCAGCUUCUUGACAUGUAUUUCUUGCUUUUAUAUUUAUUUGGUUAAAUAUUUCAACUUGAAUGAGAAAUUUAUUUUAUUAAAGGAUUCUUCGGAUCGGAUCGGAUCAAAAUGCUUUAUCAAAGCUCGGAUCGGAUCUGAUUCGGAUUAGACAAUUUCGGAUCGGAUUUUAAGCAUUAGCCAAUUGUUGGAUUAUAAACGUCCAAUCCGAUCCGAUGCACACCUCUACUUGUCCGUGUUGUCAAAUUCGUCGCUUGCUUAAGCUGUCUAUUUCUUGCCAGCAUGCAUGUAUAGCUUUGCUAAAGCCCAUUUUCCACUAGGCGAAUUUGUUCGCGCGAACAGUGAAAAAAUAGGAACUGAUGCUCAAGAUUUGUUUUUCGCUUCGCGCGAAAUUCGCAUAGUGGAAAAUGGGCUUUAUGCUGAAUAGGACGUUUUGAGCAAAGUCAAACAGAGAAAUCAAUCUCGCCAGAAUUGUCAUUGUUCAUGCAUGCACUAAUACUUUUUAUCCGUCAAUUUACUGGAUUAAUUUUACGAGCAUAUUCCCAUAUUAACAACUUUAAGUACAAUCAUAUAAUCCUAAUCCAAAACCGAAUCCUAAUUUCUAACCAAUCCUAAUGCGAUAUUGGAAAUAUUGAAGGACGCCCAUCCUUUGCUUGCAAUAUUUACAUGCAUAUGUCACUUUUGGAGCCAAUUGCAACCUUCUUUGACCUUGUUGCUCACGUUUCCAUCUUUAAUAUAGGUUUUUGUUGAAGGAUGAGCUGAUUGUAGUGCAAACUGAAGAUGAUCUCAAAAAAAUUCUAGUUGAUUCAAAAGGAAAGGAAAAUAUCAUACUGACGAAUGUCAAAGAAAUUGGAAUGAAAGGUGGAAAAGAAUUUUUUAAUAAAAGGUUAUAUAACAGUGGCGGGAUGGGAAAAGUAGGGGAAUGGGGAAGGGGUGGUAGGACGAGUUCAGAAUAUGUGAGAACUAAUUGUGUCCUGGGGGCAUGGGGAAUGUUGAAACCUAGACUCGCUGACAUGCACAUUCUUGCAUUUUGGUUUCUGAAUUCUGAUUUCAUAGUCAAUGUGAUACACAAUUAAAAGACCACGCAUUUCACAAAAAGACUGAGUCAAAUAAAGAUAACCGUCUUUAUAGUGAUGAAGGACAACGAAGAUGCUUAUUCGUUUGAUACUGUAAUUCGUUGCACCAGACGAAUUACAUCGGAGACGCAUAAUACGUUCAGACUCAUCUCUAGUUUUAAAACAGCUUAUGACAAGAAAAACAACCUAGUUGUAAACCAUAUCUGAGCCUAAUCGUACAGUAACUAAUUGAAUUCAUUGCCAGCUCAAAGCCCUUAAUGGCUUAGUAUAACAAAAAAACCCUCAAGGAUUAUAUAUUACUAACUAAUAACCUAACCAUACCCCUUGUCGUUCCCUUUAGAUCAUCGGAAUCUUUUGGAAGUAGCUUUUGCUUAUGGAGACUCAUUCAAGUUUUAUUUAUCAACAAAACUUCCAAAGUAUGUGAAAUGACUUCUUGGACGAUGACGUCAUUAAAUUACUACGGUAUCAAAUGAAUACAACAAUAACUCCGAAAUCGGAUACAAGGACAUGCUAAAUCAACUUCAUUUAUACUAAAUGAAACCCAGUCAAACGAGGAUGAGACUUGGCAGUCACGCAUUCCUCCGAGGGACACUUCAAGCUCUAGAUUAACAAAAUAAACCUUUGAAGAGUGUGUCGCGUGACUGGCAACUUUCGUGCAUUCUCAACCUCGUUUUGAAUUUUGAACGUUCUGGGCUUAAGUCUAUAUCAACUCGAUUAUUCUGCCUGCGUGGAGGUCCAGUAAACGUCAUCCCUUGUUGGUCAUGUUGUGUUACUGCUUAACUGCAGGAUGAAACAAGAGUACCCGAAGAAAUUUUAUUCAGGUUUUUAAACGUGUUUUUGAAGGCGUAUGACUGUAUUCAAUGAUCAACGAGUUUUCUAUAUGCAUUCGAUGAAUGGAUGGUAUAUAUAAGAUGGAUAUUGAAACCUCUCUGUGAAGCCAUGGGAAACGUUUUGUUAAUUGGUUUUCAUUAUUUUUUUUCAUUUACCACGAGAAUAACUUUUUUCUUUAACCAACAGAGAUAUGUAUGGAGCCAGCAGCAAACUGAAGGCGUUUUUAUGCAAAGAGAAAGACUGUGACGUUCGCCAUUAUGACAAUGAAUUCCGAGUUAUAUCCUUGGCUUCUUUCAUUCAAUCUCUGACAUUACCACAAGCAGUAAGUUUCUCUCUUUUCACGGAACAGACUUCAUGCAUAAUGACGUCACAAGGUGUGAUGCGCGCGGGGAAUUCUGGUCUUAGUAGUCACGGUGGGAAAAUAAUCCAACAUGGCCAUUGCGAGUGUGCUGCUGUUCUUUCUCGUCUUUUAGAGGCUGUUCAAGCCAAUGAAGACCCUAGUUCUUUUCAGAACUCUUACACAGGGCUUCAAGAGUUUUGACAGCCCUGAAAGUAAGGGCAACAGUCGGAUUUUGUCCACCAGUAGGAGUACAAGUGGUUUUACGUGUCUUUAUUCUCUGCCUUUAUUGUUAGUCGAUAAUUCGUUGGUGUAGGUUUUAGAACAUUCAAAUGUGGCAGCAAAUAUGGCUGACUCUUGAGAUAUUUAUAAGUGAUCUCCAAAAUUUAAUCUAUAUUGGCCCAUAUUUUUCGGAAUCCUAUUGAAAAAACAAUUCUAUUUCUUCUAUUAAACGAGGUUAAUCAUUAGGGAGUGGUCAUUAUUUAUGGGGUGGUAGGGGGUGGAUAAUUUUUUAAGCACAAGCUAAAAUUUUCCAUAACCCCUCUCUUGAGCAAUUGUUGAAAUUCACAACCCCUCCUUCACACGUUCAAAAAAAAUGUCAACCCCUCCUCAAGGAAAUCGUUUUAACAAAUACAGUAUAAACAUAAAUUAAAACAAAAUAAACGUUGAGUUUUAACAUUGUAAUUUCAACUUGAAACAAAAAGUCUUCUAUUGACCUUGCACUUAAAAAAAUUAAAAAAUAAGACCAACGUUAUUAUUUUGGCGCACUAGAUUUUUAUAAAUUUAAUAUAAGGGCUGAGAUUAAAGUUGUCUGUUUUACCGCUUUGCAUGUGAUAACACAAUUUAGUAUAAUUACAUAGGUGAUUAUUGAAAAUUCUCCACGCUGAUUGGUUGCCGUUGAAGCGAUUUUAUAUAACGUGAUAAUCACCUAAGCGGUUUUCAAAUGGCGGCAGAAGCCGUUUUGUCAAUUUAGAUGACGAAGAAAUCGGUGUAUUUUUUAUUUUUUCCCAAAUAAUCACCUACGACAUUUUACUAAAACAAUUAUUCACCUCAGGCUCGGUGAGUAUCGUGAAUAAAAACCUUGACUUCAUCUCGGUUUUUAUUCACCAAUAAUUUCCUCGCCUUCGUCGAAUAUUUAACAAUUAUUUCGAUUUGUCAAGUUUGUUUAUGUAUCAAUUAUUUUGUUUGUGCAUUAGUUAUUUUGUUUGUUUUUAAUUAUUUAUCAAAACUGUUUUAAGACUAUUUUUCUAGUAACCCCUCCUUCUUUAAGUUAAGAAUCAACAUAACCCCUCCUUCAGCAACCUUCAAAAUUUUGUAACCCAUCCUCAAAAUCAUCCACUCCCUACCACCCCAUAAAUAAUGACCACUCCCUUAUAUCUUGUGAAAUGUUGCGUUUUUUAUGCAAAUUCAUCAGAUGCAGCCAAAUGUAAACAUAAAAUGUAAACACAGGCGUGCAAAGGAUCACUGGCAUGAUACUCACUCUUUAAAUAAAGCAUUUUACAUAUUGCCUUUUCACUUAUGGCCUGAUGCAAGUCCACGUAUAUGAAAUAAUAAUUUCACAUUGUGAAAUUAAUUUUCAUAUAUAAACUUUAGGCAUUAUUUUCGUGAAACUUAUAGUUCAUAUGUAAUGUUUUUAGAAGGGAUAUUUUUUGUUGUUCUAGAUUAUCCUUGGUGAGGACAAGAAAAUCCCGUACACAAAUAAAGACUUGGUAUCAAUCCCGAUCAAUCGAGUGUAUAUGUUUGUGAAGGAUCUAAAGGACCCUGAGGGAUAUCGAGCGGAACUUGAGGAAGUGGCAGCAAAAGUGAGAUCUGCAGUUGGCUUUAUUGUUGUGCAAGU